AUGCAGCUCGCUGGUCGACUAUAUUCAGCCUGGUCGCUGGUCGUAAUGGAGAGUAAUGCCGAAGCAUCCCAUUUCCUUCGGCAUAUAACACAAACUGCCAAUCUAUCUGCAGUCGUCUUCUACAAUCCGGACAAUGGAAAAUUCGGAGAUUGGAAGACCGCACCAGCCCUCGUCCUCACAAGUAACGAGACGAUCUCGAAGCAGAAGGAAGAUGGUAUUAUGUGUAAUGAUGAUGGUAAAAAAUGUAAAGCUGUUGGAAAAGGUUUACAUAGACAUGAAGAUGAGAUUGAACCGACGUUCGUUCAGCAAUUCCAGCAGACUACGGAUACAUCGACGAUGACGAUGACUACUCAAGGUCAAACAAUAACUACUAGAGUAUUGGUCGUACCGACUCUAACGGUAAUUGCUGCAGAAGCUAUCACCACCGAGGUGCUGUUGAAUGAACAAGGUAGUCUUAUGGAAAGUGCGACUUUGGCGACCGCUACGACUCGGUCUAGUACAGCAACCAGAUCCGCUUCCAUCAUGUCCUCAUUAAUCGCUUCGACAAGUACGGCCACUGCUUCGUCGUCAGUUGCCGCAGUGACAUAUACGCUGACUUCCGCCAACCCUACCACUUCUAGUAAGGCUCUCAUCGAGGAGGAGGAGGAGGAGGACGAAGAAGAAGAAGAGAGCGAUGACGACUCGGACCACAGUUCUAACUCGAGUGAUUCCGAAGAUGAGGUAGAGGAAGAAGCGAAACCAAAAGUUUUGAGGGUCUCAAAGAAUGAAUAUAUCAGUGCUUGGAAGCGAGAUAUCCAGUUAAGUGCCGCACAAGAUUCUGGUACAGUGGUAGGAGUCAACAUCGCCCACCUGUCAGGCUCAAAUGGACCUAGCGUCGUUGUGACCCAACAAUGUGCUCUCCACUAUGGCUGGGCAAUCAACUCCCUCGAUAAUCUCGUUCGAGAGGAGACUGUUCUUGCGGCAUUCUUCAUCUGGAUCCUUGGUCUCGCCAUUGUAGGACUGCUGAACGUAUCGAUACCUCAUCUACUUGCUUUACUCCUCUCAUUGAUCAUCUCGAUGGCCUGGACCACCAACGGUCUUAGAUUAUCCUUCAAGUUCUGGAGCACUUUCGAAUCAACCACUUCGACCCAUUGUGAUGGGAUAAACGUCUUACCGUCAUACUGGGAGAAAAGGGUCGGAUUCCAGAGUGCUGUUCUAGGAUCAACUGUCGUGACUCUGAUCGCGAGCGGUUUGCUUUGCUGGAAGAUCAGAGAUCAUUUUGGCUGGCAGACUUUCCAACGCAUCGGAGCUUCGUCAAAGAUCAACAAGAUAUACAAGUUAGUUCUCGCUUUGAGCAUUUUGCUGCAGCUUGAUGCCUUUGUAUUGGUCGCUUUCUUUGCUCUAUUUUUGGAUCAGGUGAGUAUCACAUCCUGCGGAACAGAGCUGAUAAUCAAGAUUUCUCGAGGUCCAGCUAGCUACUUCAUGAGCAACUGUAAGGCCUUCAAAGCCAUAUAUAGCCUGUUGAUAGUAGCUUUACUCCCGUGGUUAAACUUUAGAAAACGAUUCAAUAUAUUUGUGGGAUUAUCAGUACUCAUCAUCGGUGGAUGGGCAGUAUCAUUCGCAAACCAGAUUUUCCGGAUCGUGUUCACCACUUGGGCUUUCUUCACCUGUAUGGGAUCCCUUGCAGUUGGACUCACAGCAAUCACCGUAGUACUUGCCAUCAUCCGUCGAUUGACUUUCGGUAAAGGUUUAGCGGAUUUCCUCUAUCUCGAAGAAGUCCAUGAAAGACCCAAUAGUGGAUUGUUGGUUGAGAAACCUUCCCUGCCACUUGCCAUGCCAAGGUCUAACUUACCUACUUUCUCAACUGCUUUUGGACCUGGACCUGCACCACCACGUCAAAUGUUCCCUCCCAUGCCGGUGUAUACAACUGCCACUAGAGUAGCCUCUUGGAAUACGGGUGAUGACCGCAGAGCGUUAUAA